GAGAGGGGGGGGGGGAGUUCUAGAGAGAAAAAAAUUCGUAGUGAGAGAAAGAGAGGGAAAGGGAUGGGUCAGAUCGUGAAGAGGAAGAAGAAAGGUAGACCAUCGAAGGCAGAUCUGGCACGGCGGUCCGGUGGAGGUUUGACAUCGUCGGAAUCUGAACCGCGGAGGAGUCUCCGUCGCCGGAAUGUGAGGUACAACGUGGAUUUUGACGACUUUCUUGAAGAAGACGAUGAGGAUGAGGAAGAGGACGAGAGGAGGAGAGAGAAGAAGUUGAAGCUUGUUGUGAAGUUGAAUCAAGGUAGAGAUGGAACUCAUCUAUCUCCGAUGUCUCGACUUGCUAGGUCAGGAGCGCGUGAUGCACACGCGCCGGAGUAUGGUUCGUCUGCGUCCGAAUGGGAAGAUGACGAACCUGAGAGGAAGCCAUUGAAGAAGAGGAGGAUUGGAGGCGGCGGCGGCGGCGGUGGUGGUGAGGAAGAAGAUGAAGAUGAAGAUUACGACGAUCAAAUUCGUGGAGAUGAAAAUGAAGACGAUGACAUUGAUGAGGAAAGGGGAAGGAGGAAGGUGGGCUCAAAAGGGUCCGACUCUGUUCCUGGGACUCCCUCAGAUCGAUCAUCCGGGUUACCAUUACCUGAUAAGAAGACAUUGGAGUUGAUUCUUGACAAGCUUCAGAAGAAGGAUACUUAUGGUGUUUAUGCUGAACCAGUUGAUCCUGAAGAGCUUCCUGACUAUCACGAUGUCAUUGAGCAUCCUAUGGACUUUGCCACCGUGAGGAAUAAGUUGGCUAAUGGAUCAUAUUCAAUUCUGGAACAGUUUGAGAGCGAUGUUUUUCUUAUAUGCUCAAAUGCAAUGCAGUACAAUUCACCAGAAACCAUUUACCACAAACAGGCACGUUCCAUUCAAGAGCUAGCCAAGAAGAAAUUCGAGAGGGUAAGAAUUGAAGUCGAACGCUCUGAGAAAGAGUUGAAAUUGGAGCAGAGUACAAAAUCGAAUUCGUACAUCAAGAAACAACCACCAAAGAAACCCUUUUUCAGGACUUUGCAGGAACCCAUUGGAUCUGAUUUUUCCUCAGGUGCAACCCUUGCUGCCACAGGAGAUGUACAGAACGGUUCGAAUCCGAUCCACGGUGUUAACUGUGAGGUACCUAGCAAUAAUAUUGAUGGGCAAGUAGAGGGUAGUUCCUCCUUCUUUGAUACUACUAAUCAGGACAAGGCUGAAGAGCUCUUCUCAGGAAAGGGUAUUCUAGGUAAAUUGGGAAGAAAGACGUCUGUGCUUGACGACAACCGCCGUGCAACUUACAACAUAUCUAAUUCACCUGCGCCACGAUCCGAGUCAAUAUUUUCAACCUUUGAGGAUGAAAUAAGACAGCUUGUUCCGGUUGGGCUUCAUGCGGAGUAUGCCUAUGCUAAGAGUCUGGCUCGAUUUGCUGCAACACUUGGUCCUAUCGCUUGGAAAGUUGCCUCCCAGAGGAUCGAGCAGGUCGUACCUGUUGGAUGUAAAUUCGGACGUGGUUGGGUUGGAGAAUACGAGCCACUUCCAACUCCUAUAUUAAUGUUUGAGAACCACAAGCAGAAGGAACUUGGUUUAAAUCGUAACUUGCAUUCUACCAGAGAAUUUAGAAAGGAUGGAAAGCCUUCAGAUACUCCUUUGCCUAAGAUGGAACAUUCUUUUAGUGCACCAUGUACAGAAGUGAAUGGAUUUGCUAGAGGAUCCACCUUAGAUGGGAAAUCAUCUUUCCUUAGGUCCACCACCCCAAAUCCUGGUCCAUCUCCACAGCAAAACCUGCAGACCAAGAAUUUUACUGAGGUAGAGAAGGUUAAAAAGCAAGUCGAGGUAAAUUCCUUGCCUUCACCAAGACAAAAUAAAGUUGAUCUUGGUGUAGAGAAGCAACUUCCAACCAAUUCGAAUAUGUCUACGUCUAGAUCUAGAGAUAUGUCGUCGGUAAACUUAAAUCUUGUUCAAUCUGCUCCUUAUAAACUGCCCGGUGUUAAUGGCGUUGCAACUGGUGGACUGCCUAAUGGAAAAUUCCCGAGCAAUUGUUUGAAUAGUCCACGAGCUGCUUUAUUGUCGUCUAGCUUGCCUUCUCAAACAGCCCCUGUGGCAACUUCCCAUGGACAGGAUCUGGGUCCUGGCAAGCCAGUACAGUUGAUGAGAAUGAUGUCUGAAAGAGCCCCAAAACAAGAGAACUCAUCCAAUCAAUCCUCAUGUGAUUCUCCGCCAGUUUUGUCAUCAGUCCCUUCUGCUAUGGGAGAUGAUUCGAAUAAUGCUGCAGCAGUAGCUUCUCGUGCGUGGAUGUCGAUUGGGGCUGGAGGGUUUAAACAAGUCAGAGAUACUUCCACUCCUAGAAGUCAAAUCUCUGCAGAUUCACUGUAUAAUCCAGCUCGGGAAUUUCAUCCGCAAAUGGCACGAGCGUGGGGGGAGUUUCGUGCUGGAGGUAAUCAGCUUCUAUCUGAGAGGAACAAUUUCCCUAUGCAGCCAUUUGUUUCACAAGCUUCUCUUGUACCAAAUGAACAACAGCUGCAAAACCGGUCCAUGAUUUACCCUCAGCUAAUCCAGGCUGACAUGUCUAAGUUCCAGUUGCAGUCGACAUGGCGAGCUCUCAGCCCACAUAACCAGCCAAGGAAGAAACAGGAAAUGCUUCCUCCCGACUUGAAUAUCGGUUUUCAAUCACCCGGGUCUCCCGUGAAACAAUCGUCUAGUGUUUUGGUCGACUCCCAGCAGCCAGACCUGGCCUUGCAACUUUAAAAGUGAGAGCCAGUCAGUGAACAAGAUUCUUACUAGAAACAAUGCAACCAUUGGGGAUACAACUGAGACAACCUUCAAUCUAUGUCGCACCGAAUAUGAGAACAAACAGAUUAUCUGUACAACACAGACGGUUUGCAUUCUGAACAAACUCGAAAAUCUAACCCGUCUUCAAUCUCGUAUUAAUAGGUUGGAGAACUCGUCCUAAUUUAUAUAUUGGGACCGUGGAAUGUCCACAGCAAGCAAUAUCUAGCUGGAUGUGCGAUGCUUCUGCUGCCCUGAAGAGAGUCCCAGACUGGUCCCAGAUAAUAGGUACUUCCCCCCACCAUUGAAAAUGAAAGAAAAAAGUAAUUGAUUUGCUUGUGUCAAUUGUUGUGAGGUGCUGAAAAGUUUCUUAUGUGACAAAUUGAGGAUACAAGUUUAGUUUUGCCUUGUAGAAUAGAAUAGUCAUAGGUGGAUGGAUGAAUGAAUGAAUGAAUUAGAUCUCUGUAAUUACUUUGAUAAAAUCCCACUUCCCAUGUAGUGUUCUUGCUGCAAAAUUUACCCACCAAUGCCAUAAUGUUGUAACUAUUGUAUUCCAUUCA